CGUCAGGCUGCGUGAAUGUAAACAGAGUGACGCCAGAGUUUUGCAGUGGUGGGGAAGGCAUACGUCACAGGCAUAAUGGCGGAGGCUGGUUGAGAAGGAGAAUUACUCCGUGAAGCGGCACUGAAACCAACUUCAUCGCCAGCUGACAAGGUGACCGCUGGUCCGAAAAAUGGCUAGCAAUUUCAGCCAGGAGAGAAAAAUCGACAAGGAGAGCAGCAAAGCCGGCGACCUAACCUUGGAGGAUGGCGAUAGCAAGAAACAAUUGUUGUCAGCCUCUAGCACGGCCACAUCCAAGCAAAAUGGCGAUCAAGCUGGACGUGAAGACGAGCAAAUGUCUGAACAAGAUGCUUCUGAGCGACGGAAGGCAGGGCUGUCGGACCUAAAAAACUGCGGCGGUUUGCCUUCGACACUACCGCGGUCGGCCGAAGAGCUGCCAAGGAGGAAUUUUCAGAUUCCGAGGAAAAUCAAGGAGCGGAAAGGUCUCCUUCAACACUUGUCUCCAGAAUCCAGAGAGUUUGAGGAAGUUGUGAAGCUUCUGUCCACGUUCUACUUGGACGCCACCUCCCGUGGGACUUUCACCUACACCAAAGCAUCUCUCAUUCACAACGAGCUCUUGGAGAAAGAGUUCAUCGAGAAGAAAAGGGAACUGAAGCAGAAUGGCAGGACAGAGGCAGAACUCGCAGAAUCCUAUGCUUUUCUGCUGCCUGAGAGGAAUAAGGCUCACUGGAUCUGCGAAAAGGGUCUUUCUGUUGGACAUUCGCGGAUCAACAAUCUGGGAAGCCCUGUCAAAGGGGUUUACCUAUCAAAAUACUCAGAUUUGUUACAAAUGAAUCCAUUUGAAGUGGGUGCUGCUGGAGACAUAAUACUAUUUAAAACCAUGAAGGGUAAAGUGAAGACAAUAUUUGACAACAUGCCCAAAAACAAUCUUGAGCCGAACCUUAAAUAUGACAGCCAUGUUUUCAAAAAUGCCAACAAAGUGACCUCAUUAUUGUCCUAUAGGGCCUUUGAGCACACUCAGCAAUACUUCUAUGAAUUUGCGUUUGAGGAGCUAAAGUCAAGGCCCAGGCAUGUGUUGCCAUAUGCGGUUGUGUCUUUUCAGUACAAAGGCAAAGAGUCAGCCACAGCCACACACAGUAGAUUAAACAGCACGUUAUAUGAAGGGCAAAGAGUUCGGCGAAGAUAUACACUUUGGAGUGGCUCGCUGGUGAAUAAGGGAGAAGAGGUCUAUCAAGUUUACAUGCGGUCUUCAAGUCUCCCUCACCUUCCACUUAAACUCCCAGACAAGCUUGACAUUAAUAUGGCUAUGCAUCUCGAUCAAGUAAAGAGAAAGAUCCCGCCCAUUCUGCUGUCUUGGGAAGCGUACAGUGGGUCACGAGAGGCAUUUAAGUGCGGGAUGUACUGCAGCCUGUAUGAGGUCAUGGGAAGGAGUAAACAAGAAAACAGUCUGUCGGGACUGAUGCACCGGCUUGAGAGAGAAAGAAUGGUUUUGGUGAAGCCAUUGAUAGACAAAGGAUUUCUCUUCCUCCUUUCGUCUUCUCAGUUGCACACUACCACCGAGCGGCGAGGAAGAAAUGACAGGGUUUUGCAGGCGCUUUUUGUAUUUCAAGAGCAAAGAAUCACCUCGAAGUUGAUUUUGAAGAACUCUGGAGUAGAUGAGGACCUUCUUGUUCCAUUAGAGCCUAAAGACCCAAUCAGCCAUCAGCUAGAUAAUUUUAUACCCGCCCUGCAUCAUGGCCUCUUCAAGCUGCGUGCCAAUCCACCCAAAGAGCUCGCGGCGGGACUGAAACACCAGGUGCUGGACUACCUCAACCAGAAAGAGCAAGGUGUCAUACGGCCUUUCCACAUAGUAGAGUACCGGCACAGUUUGGAUAACCGGACUAACCAACACCAGGCACCUCGUCCUAAAAAUACGGAUUUGGCACUGAACUCUUACAUAUAUGGUCCGGUACAGUUCCAGCUGCCUGUGGAAGUGCUGCAGCAGGGUCUGAUGGACAGCCAACAGGGGGCAGUGUCUCCCCCAGCAGGCGCAGAAGAGUACAGUCCUGUCUCAGACUGGGGAGGGUCAGAUAGACAGGCACCGGGUAGCAGCACGAUUGGGGUUUCUCAGUCUAAUGGCGGCGCUCAGAGGUCACAGGGAGAGUAUGACAAAGAAAAGAUGGAGAAAUUGCUAAAGCUGAUACAGUUACAUAAGCGGACUUUGGGCAAGGAGGAGGGGAGCGGGUCUGAAAGAGAAGAGGACUGGGACCCUGCUGGCCUGAAGAGGAGGCUGGAGAGGGAAGGUCCUGGGGGUGUGAGCAAGUACCUUAGGACGGGUCUGCUGAAUGGAGAGCCAGGAAGAGUGGUGAUGGACAGCAUGGGGCUGUGUGACACAGACCUGCGGGAGCGCAUGACUCAGAGUCCCACCCUCCAGGACACACAUGCCUUGCUUAAACUCUUCCUCAGCACGCUCAACAGGAUGGCCCAAAACUCUACCACUGCCAGCAGCCAGCCUGCGAUGCUCCCCAAAACCGCAGAGAGACACGACCCCAGUGACUCAGCCGCCCACUGUGAUCUUGACCUGCGUGGCAGGCGUGCUGAUGAGGAGCAGGUUAACCAGGAUUACUUGGAGGAGCAGAUGGCCUGCAGCAGGAGCAGUAUGGAUGUGUACAGUCCCUCGUCCAGUCUGGAGCAGCAGCCCUCUCGUCAAGCAGAAGCCUCACAUCAGAGCCACCAUCUCUGGAGAACGUCCACCAGAGUUUUAGAGGGUGUUGGUGAACCUUGUUUGAGUGGAGGGGAGAAGCUGGUACACUCUACACAGAAAGUAGUAGACACUAUCCUCAACAGUGAGUUCCAGAACCUCUGCACGGGGAUCCAGAAACUGAUGGAGGACCAACAUAUAAUUUACAACCAUCAGCCUCCUUUGCCGCGAUGUGAGGAUCAGGCUAAAUGGUCAAGCUCGGCAUUCUCACCUUUUGUAUCCAAAUAUGUCUCAUCAAUGCCUGUGCAGAGCUACGUUAACACACUCUGUGAAAAGAUGAACCAUUUGAUCCGGGCUCCCAGGGCAUCUGUACAACCCGUGGCUGUUGUGUCACCACCUGCUGUUGCCCCAGUGCCCGCCCCCUUGCCACCUGCUCCGCCCACUUCUGCCAUGCCAGCUCCUGCCCAACCCACGCUGCCCUCACCUCCUGCUCAUCCUCACACUAAAACAUCAUCUCCAGUGCCUAAGUCUCAGGCUUUGUGGAGCAAGCCGCAAGCUACCCUUAAACCUCCUCCUUCAGGCAAGAAUCGCCUCGGCACUGUCAAAGAGGUCCACCUGUUUUCAGCAGAAAAAUCAGCUGACCACAAGAGUACAGAUGUUGUGGAAAAUCCUAUGUGCUCCCCAUUAGCUGGAAGUGCCAGUCAACCUCCAGUUGCUUCAGUCCCAGAGAUUCCCUCAGAGCCUACUCAUGCAGGAACCUCAAGCACUGUGGGAAGCAGCGUUAUUGGGCAAAUCAAGCCUGAUGUUUUGUGCACACUGAUGGAGAUCAUGCAGAAAAAUGCAGUAAAGUUUUACAUUCAAAGAGGAGAUGAGGAGAGCAAACUCUGCACUGAGAUCAAGGAGUAUUUACGCAGCCUUGGCAAUAUUGAUUGCAACCCUCAGAAUUACCUGGAGAGUAAAAGUCAGCAGAAGUUCAUGAUCAUUAUUCAGAAUGAGGAUAUAGCCGCUCAUGUACAUAAGAUUCCAGCACUGGUGUCUCUGAAGAAAUUGCCCACAGUUUACUUUGCUGGAGUGGACAGCCUGGAUGAUGUGAAAAAUCGCACAUACAAUGAGCUUUUCGUGUCUGGAGGACUCAUUGUGUCAGAUGAGCUCGUUCUCAACCCUGACAGUAUAACACUAGAGAAGCUACAGGCAUUUCUCAAGUUCCUGGAGGAACAGGGCUCACCUUGGAAGUGGAAGGUGCACUGUAAGACUCAGAAGAAGCUUAAAGAGCUCAGCAGGUUAAAUACUGAGGCCCUGAAUCUGUUGAACCUGCUGACGACCUACCAGAAGAAACACCUGGUGGAGUUUCUGCCUUAUCACGAGUGUGACACUCCAUCUAGGCAGGCUCCUGAUUUGGACUGUCUGGUCAAGCUGCAAGCUCAGCACACACAGCUUCGACACCUCAUUUUCCUCACAGAAAAGCACGAUGAAACAUUCUCCCAGUUCUCCGGUAGUGGAGUCAUCGUUGCUGGUAUGAAUGACAUCAUGAACAACUUCCAGAGUUUGAUCACUGUCCCUGAAGAAGUAGUAGUUGCUGCCCUACCUGAACCAGUGGAGCCUGAUGCGGUUCGAGAUGAGGAGGACAUGUCUAUAGACUCUGAAGAUGACAUGCCCAUUAUCACAGAGAUGUCCAUUCAGACUGAAAAUGAACUUCAGGAACCGCAGGCACCUCAGCCCCCUCCACCCCAGACCGAUGGAUUUCGUCCUCCUCUCCCUGACCAACCCUGUGUGGACCCCAUUAGCGAUCCACUUGUACCACCAAACCCCUCCGCUUACCCUACCCAGACCUCUUUCUCCACUGAUUAUGCAGCUCUGAAGUCUGCUAUCGCUCAAUAUAAAGCUGCCAGUCAGGAGAGCACAUCUAGGCCUGAUGUAGAGGACACCCUGGCCAGUUUCGGUGUGAACCCCCACCAGAGCUACCUGUGUCCCAGCUCGGCACAGUGGAGCCCUUACUCUGGUUCUCCCGCAUACCAUAUGUCCUUGGCAUAUUCGUCUCCAGUUAGCGUGGCCUCCAGGGGAUCAGAGUACAGCCAAACUGUUGCUCCUCCUGGGACCCAACCUCCAACAAACACCUCCACCAUACCCGUUGCUCAACCACUCACCGUUCCCCAUUCCCUCCCUCAGCCCCCAGUUAGCUCAGUGGAGGUGCCUUCUAUUCCAGAAUCAGCCACCUCUCUUCAGCCGCCUGGACAGUCCCUACCCAUUCCUGACAGCGUGGGAGUGCCUGGGGCGGCAGCGGCAAGCACUGCUAAUCAGUUAGGACUUGCUGGCUCUCAAACUGCUAAGAUAGGUGUAGAGUCUGCUUCCUCAUCCACUACUUCUUCCUCAUCCUCUCUUCACACCACUUUUCCUUCCUACCCAGAUACUAUUUUUCCAGCCCUUACUCCAAUUCCCCCUGUUCCACCGCUUUUCGGCUGGGGUCCUACACCAGGAGCCCAGCAGGGUUACACGGCUAGACCGAGUGGGGCAGGAUUCGGCGCUCUACCUUCCACCCAAACUGAGGCCGCAAGGCCUGCUGAUGGAUCAUGGGUGGGAGCCACUGAGAGCGAAACCGCUCGUGGACAAGAGGAAGAAGGUGCCCCUACUUCAGCGACUUCUAAAGUGGUCCAGCAGGAGGCCGGUGGAGAGAAAAGAGGUGCACUGGGUAGUUCAACCUCAUGCGGCCAAGGCAGCAGAACUCCAGUGAACUCGUCCUCUGAAAGUCAGGGUGGCAGUCAAGCCCCUCCCACCAGGGGCGGCACUGCCAGCAGAGGCCUCUUACCCAUCCCUGGAGCCGCAAUGGGAGCCUUGUGCCAAGGCGGACACAACAAUAGCAUGUACAGUCCCAGAGGGGGACAUCCUGAUAUGAUGCGUGGUGGUUUCAGGGGUCGAGGAGUACCGCCACAUCCCAUGAGAUCUAGACCGGGUCGGGGUCACAUGAGAGGGGGCCCAUCCUGUAACUGGGGUUAUCCCCCUGGGAGGGGAGGGGGUGGUCGGUCAGACUACUAUUCGGACUACACCUAUAACUAAAUGCCAUAGGGAUGCCCUAUAGACUACUGGCAUUAGGAAUGUACAUAUUUAACAUUAAGAGCACAUCAAAUCAAAAUAUCGUUUGGGGAAAAAAAAAAAAAAAAACAUCAUACAAAAUCUGGUUUUGUAUGACUGAGAUUGGUGACUCAGACAUUGGCCAGAUUUUCACUGUUUUCAGUAAUGCUCUUCCUAAACAAAAUGUUUGAAAAACCUUGUUCAUACCACUAUAUUUAUAUUGCCAAGAAAUGUAAUUGCCUUUCAAUGUUUAAUUUUUGUCAAUACUUUUCGUUCAGAUUUUCAACAAAAAAAAUGGUUUGUGAACAAGGAGCAAAAUGCAGACAAUAUUUUUUUAAAGAGAAAAAGUGAGUCAUUCUUAAUUUUAGCUGUUUUUGUUUCUUUUUUUCAUUCUUGGUUGUACAGCUGUUCUAUUAAAACAAGGUUGUAUCAAACAUUGUGAUAUUGUGUUCAGUAUUAACUCGCAGUUGAGAAUGUGUGAACUCUUUGUAAAUGUACAGUUAUUUAUGAUGCUAUAUAAAAAUGGUUACAGGU